UCAAUAUAGGGUAGGGGUGAUAUGUUGCCUGCUGCGGCUAUUUUGGACGCUUACAAAGGAGGAGCACUGGAGGGCGGAACAGGACUUUUUACACACAAUAUGAGUUCUUCAGCUGAACAAGUCGAGCCACGAGGAACUGUGCCACAGUGCAUGUCCGCCUGAGCGUCCAUGUUUCUCUACCUGCUGAUCUUCAUGGCAUAUCACAGCAGCAGAUGGAUACCAAGGCAUCAGAGGUUAAAAUUUCAAAUAUUGAACGCAGUGUUCGCAGCCCUUGUUCUAGUCCCCCAGUUCUACGUUAUGGAAAGGCCAAAAUCCUCAAGAUACUGCAGGCAGCCUCUUCUGAACAACCUGUCAGCCUCCAUCGCGUUGUCCUUCAUAGCCUCAGGUUUUGCAGUGAUAUUCACAUUAAUGGACCCAGUUUUUCAGGGCUUGUGGGCUUCCUAUCAUGUGUUUGGAGUGCUCUCAUUUGGACACGGAGUCUGCACUGCCAUCCUUACUCUGACAGCGGCAGCAUGUGCCAAAACCACACCCGAGCUGUACUACAUGUCUCUUAUUCUAACAAUUGUUUCCAUUUUCAGUACAGGUUUUUUCAUGGUCAGAGGUGGACUCUGGUUGACUAACAGGCUGCAGUGACCGAGCAGAAACAAUGAGUGAUAAAACAGUCCAGCUGUCCCACGUUGACAUCCAAUACUGAACAUAUUAAGAUUUCAUGUGGUUUCCAUGCCACCAGCAGCUGGUAACUUUAAACCAUGGGAACACAAAAAAAGGGAACGUUAGUUAAGCCUUCUCACAUUUUAAUGAUCUCUUCUGCAAAACAGAUGUUUUCUUUUUUUGUUGUUGAUGGAUAGUUUACAUUUCUUUCAUAUAACAAUCUGUCAUAAAUAUGUACUUCAUGUUAAUUCAGUGUGUAAUUACAAAAAGAAAAAGAAAAAUGUGAAAUCUGUAUACAGCACUGAAAGGUGUUUAGCUCACAUUGUAAAAAGCAGAGCUACACUGAGGAGAUUACAGUAGGAAAAUCAAAAGGAAAUGUUUUACAAUUGAAUAAGCUUGAAUGUAGCAUUAAAAAGUACAGAUGUACUGAAAAAUGUAUUGAAAAAUAAGUUUAA